CGGCAACAGUGCGGAAAAUAAUGUUAAUAUAAGUUUCACAUACUGACUCGUAAAUACGUAUGAAAGACGUACACAGCAGAAGGGGGUCUAGUUUCUAAACGAGAUAUCUAAUUGGCAUUCAUUGGGUCGAUAUCACCACGGUUAAUGCAGUGCCCUCACGUCCGACUUGUUAAGCUAAUGUUACCAACCUACGCUGCUCGUCACGGCGUCAAAACCAAGAACGUAAUUAUCCUCAGAUCUCACAAAGUGAAGUCCGUACACCACAUUGAUCUUUAUUACACAGCCAAGAGGCUAUUGACUCUCGCAGUAAAACCAUAGAAGAUGUUUUGGAAUCACUCAAGAAGGGGACGGUGCUGUGGAAAGUUCGCUCACUGUCAAACUGGUACCGCCGGAAAUAUAUCUUGGACCACAGGAAUGGAACUCUGCGUUAUGAGCCAUCCCACAAGGCGCCUUGCUACAGAAUUAAUAGUGAAAUUGUUAUUGAUGAUAUUGUGGAAGUGCGGAAGGGAUGGAAGACGGAUACGUUCAAUAAAAUUGAACGGACGGUAAGGAAAAAGAACAUGAAGUCACCAGAUCGAAAGCAUGUGAUAGAUGAGGCGGCCUGCUUCUCUGUGAUACAUGGACGAAGCAAGCAGAGUCUUGACCUAGUGGCCCCAAAUGCGGAGGUGGCAGACCUGUGGGUCCAGGGCCUGGGGCACCUUAUUACCGUGUUGGAUGGCCUGCAGCAGGAGGAACGGUUUGAAAGGUGGCUGAAACAGCGAUUCCAAGAAGCUGAUUUAGAUGGAAAUGGCAGCCUGAACUUUGAUGAAUGCUUGAUACUGCUGAAACAGCUGAAUGCGAAGCUGCCAAGAGAUACAGUGAAGAGGCUGUUUCAUAUUGCAAACAUAAACACAAACUCGAGAAACGAUGAGCAGGUGUUGGAUGCCGAAGAAUUUGUGAUAUUUUACAUGAAUCUGAUGUCAAGGUCAGAAAUAAAGGAACUGUUCACAAGAUAUUCUAAGAAUGACAAGGAGAUGAAUGCUCAGGAGUUGUGCCACUUUAUUCAGACGGAGCAGCACUGCAAAGACUUCACUGUGGAGCAGUGCAACACGCUCAUAGAGACUUUUGAAGAUUCUAAGUUGAAAGUCGUCGGCAAGGUUUCCUUUAUUGGAUUUACUAGCAUCCUCAUGUCAAAGCAGUUUGAAAUUUUCAAUCUUUCCCACACUGUUGUAUACCAGGACAUGACAAAUCCUCUGCCCCAUUACUACAUUGCUUCAUCGCACAACACGUAUCUGACAGGAAACCAGCUGCGUGGGGAGAGCAGUGUCGAGGGAUACAUAGAUGCGCUGAAGAGGGGCUGUCGCUGCGUGGAAUUGGACUGUUGGGAUGGACCAGAUGGCGACCCCAUCGUCUACCAUGGCUACACCCUGACAACUAAAAUUUUAUUUCGAGAUGUUCUCGUGGAUGCCAUCAAACCGUACGCAUUUUACGCGUCUGAAUACCCAGUGAUUCUGUCACUUGAAAAUCACUGUAGUGAGAGGCAGCAGGAAGUACUGGCUAAACACUUUUGCGAUGUCCUGGGAGACAUGCUGUACACGGAGCCUGUUUCGGAGGACAUGUUGUUCUUACCGUCUCCCGAAGCUCUCAAGAAGAAGAUUAUUGUGAAAGCGAAGAAGGAAGCCCCAGCUGAGAAAGACAGUGAGAGUGAAUCAGAGGAAGAACAGGAAGCAAUAAAAGUGGCACUCAACAUGAAGUCAUACAACCAGCAGAAGACAAAGGUGGUGGCAGAGGGAUUGUCCAGUUUGGUCAACAUCUGCCAAGCCGUUCACUUUCACAGCUUUGAGGAGGCCAAAGUUAGUGGCAAAUGCCAUCAGAUGUCAUCAUUCUCAGAAACCAAAGCUGAGGAUCUCAUAGAGAAAAGUGCAAAGGACUUUGUGAUGUACAAUGCUCGGCAACUCAGCAGAAUCUACCCUUCAGGCAAACGCACUGGAUCGUCCAACUACAAACCCACCCCCCUCUGGAAUGUAGGCUGUCAGAUAGUCGCUCUGAACUACCAGAGCUCCAGGCGACCAAUAUUUCUGAACGAGUCCAAGUUUAAACAGAACGGCGGAUGCGGCUACGUCUUGAAACCAAAGUUUCUUUGUGGCAAUGGUGAUUAUGAUCCAGAUGCAGUGAUAAAGCACAGGCCCUCAGCGCAACUGAAAUUGACUAUUAUCAGCGGACAGCACAUUCCAAAAGCGAACCAGGACUUGGAGGGUGAAGUUGUUGACCCUUAUGUUACAGUGAAGAUCAUUGGUCACCCAGCAGAUGAACAGAAGUUGAAAACUGACAUCAUCAGGAAUAAUGGUUUCAACCCAAGGUGGAAUGAAGAAAUGAAUUUCUCCCUGAAGGUGCCAGAGUUGGCGAUGGUGCAUUUCAUUGUGAAGGAUUCCAGCACGACAGGCAAGGAUGCGACACUUGGCAUGUACGCACUUCCGUUCAGCAGCAUGCAGCAAGGGUACAGGCAUAUUUACCUGGUGGAUUACAUGGGGAGUCUUGUGUCACCGGCCACCCUCUUCGUUCACGUUUCCAUCAAAUGAGUGCUACGCAUUCUGUGCUGUUCACUGCAGUAGUUGCCAUUUUGCCAUGUAAUUUUAUCGUUAAAUAUAAUGACAGUUUUGUAGAAUAAGGAAAAUUAUCUUCUGCAACCAGAAGUCGUUGCAACGUGAAAGAGCAUACAGUAGAACGAUACAGCUGCCCACGUGUGAUGAAGCGGACAGAAUAGAGUGGCAUCUGCAUAUCAAGAUAUGUAUUAAAAUUAAUGAAUUUUUUUGCACAAGUUAAAAGCUCGUAAAUGAGAAACUGUCCAGGUGACACAAUUUUCAUAAACGCUAAAAGUUUUUAUAAUAAAUAAGCAAUAAUAAUGAAACAUUUUAUUCCAAACAGACGCAGUGUGUUUUAUAUCAACUGCGGUGGAUAACUUUCUUCAGUUGUUGGCGUUUUGUGACUUCAUGUAAUGAAAAAUUUAAAUAUCUAUUUUAUAAAAUAAACUUAUUAUAUUGAA